CGCACGAGUUACCAACUUGUGCGCACAAGAUAGUAACUUGCGCGCACAAGUUAGUAACUCGUAGUUAGUAUAUUGUAAUCAAUAGUUACACGUGUUUAUAGCAUGGGCACACUAUGCUUUAUGGAAGGCGAUCCUGCCGGACAAACAUUCUAUAAAUUAAGGUGUCAGAUCAAAUAAUCAUGACCACAAAUGAUUUAGCUAUCAUUAUUUCAACCUACUUUAGCCUAGGUUUGCAAUAUGAAGAAAUUAUUGGUUUGUUGGCUCAAAGACAUAAUGUUAUUUUAUCUAUGAGAACUUUGAAAAGACGCUUAGCUUCGUAUGGAUUGUACAGACGAAAGAAUUUUUCGGAUAUUUUCCAAGUUGCUAUGUUUAUCUUCGAACAACUAAAGUCAUCUGGUUGUCUCCAUGGAUACCGUUGGAUGCAUUCGAGAUGCUUACAGAAUGGUUUUAUUGUCCAAAAGGAGAUGGUAAGAAUCCUAUUAGGCAUAUUGGAUCCUUCUGGCGUUGCUGCGAGAGUUAAGCGCAAACUAAAAAGAAGGCACUAUAGAUCCAAGGGUCCCAACUACAUAUGGCACCUUGACUCAUAUGAUAAGUUAAAACCGUAUGGAAUUUGUGUCAACGGAUGUAUAGAUGGGUUUUCAAGGUUUAUAAUUUGGUUACGUGUUGGUAGAAGCAAUAAUAACCCACGAAUUGUAGCGGGAUUUUAUGUAGAAGCUUUGACUUCUUUAGAAAGGGUACCACAUUCAAUACGAUCAGACAUGGGAACCGAAAACAGUUAUAUUGCUGAAAUGCAGUCAUUCUUAAGGAGGAAUGGUCCCGGAAGCAGAACAGCUUUUCUCUAUGGAACAAGUCAACACAAUCAACGUAUAGAGAGCUGGUGGGGAAUACUUAGAAAAGAAUGUGUACAAUUUUGGAUGGAAUUCUUUGAACAGAUGAAGCAAGACGGCUACUUCACAGGCGACUUCAUCGAUAAAAGUCUGAUACAAUACUUUUUCAUGGAUAUUAUCAGAGUAAGAUAGAAUAUGAUAUAUAAAUAUCAUCUUAAAUCAAAACGAAACAACGAAGAACUAUUCCAAACGCUUAAUUUGAUAAACGUUUAACAUGUUAUAUGUUUCAGUAUAAAAACGUACUUGAAAGAGACAUUUUAUAUAAAAAAAAGUCGUAAAGACAUAAAGACUUAAACUGGCAAUGUUUUCUUCCAAAAAUUUGCAACCACUGGCCCUUGUAAUUAUCUUUUGACCCUUUUAUCUCUGAAACAAACAAAAAAAAGCUAUGUUAGAACGGUUAAAUGAAAUUUAAACAGGAAUUUCAUAAGGAUUCUUAUCGCAAAAAAUAAUCCCAUCUAAAUCUGACUUUAACUAUAAGUUCUCAAAUUAUAAACAGCAUUGUUCUAAUUUACCCCAAUCCCCUUUUUAUCUCGCAAAAAAAGAUAUAGCGCGAGCUUAAAUCUACUUGCUUAAAAGUUAUUGUGAAAUGAAUAGAAAAAAAGGCAAACGUAAAUUUCAUGAAAAAAAGGUUCCAUGCCAGAAAAAAACACCUAUCUAUAAGACAGUCUUUGGCGUCUGACUGUGGGUAACUUGUGUGCAAACAAGUUAAGGAACUCAAUGAUUGUAAUCUUAGAUGACAUUGGAAUUUUUCAAGAAGCGCAUGACGCGUCAUAACAACAUACACAUCUACUUAUUAGAAAAUAAUCCCACUAAUUUCAUUAAUCCCAAAAUCGUCAUACAAACAAAAUAAAUGCAUUCUGAUAUAAUUUCAGGUAGGUCCGUGAAGAAGAAAUACAGUUACUUCACGGUGCCAUGUAGAAAAAAACGCCUCAAAGUACUACCAAAACGACCACACAUUUUUUGGCGAUCAUAAAAUCCGCAAUUGCUAUUUCUGUAAUUUAUUUCUUUUUCAUCAAGUUACAUCCAGAUGUGUCUCUAUUAACUGCACGUGUCUUCAUUAAACAAAUUAGAUUUUAAUCGAAGAGAAUGCAUUUUAACACCACUUUUAUCAAGUUAUUUCUAUUUCAGAAAGAGCUUGAAAAUGUCGUUGAAACAUGGAAUGCACACCGAAUUCGCAAAUCGAAGCAUUGCGACAUAAACGGGCGUCCAAUGGUCUUAUACCAGGCACCUUUCUUGAAAGGCACCGAGGAUUAUUCACUACCUUUGGACAAUGUCGAACUAAAUGCUUGUGCCGAGGAGUGUGACUUCGACGAUUCAGACUGUGACAAUGACAUUUUGGACCUGGCUGACAUAUUAAUGGAGGAAAACAGCUGGACAAAAACAAGAGAUCCCUAUGACAGAGCCACACUUUAUUUACAAAUGAGGGAUAUAAUAAAACAAAAUUUAUAAUUCAAUAUUGGUUUUAUUAAUAUUAUAUUUAUUUAUAAAUUUACUAAAAUAAAUCUCUCUACAUUAAACAUAUACAACUUGAAAAAUGUUUUAGCAUGAACAGACAAUCGGAUUAUUUGGCAUGCGUCAAUGAGGCAACGUUCCAUGCAAUAGCAUAGAACAUGAAAAAAAAUGGGGUCAUCUGGUGACACGGAUUAAGAUUAUAUACCACAUCACAUGACGUACCCGACACCGAAAAGAAUGUAUUAAAGUUUUACCAAAUUCCAAAAUCAACAGUAUUAUAAUAUGAAAUUGACUACAAGCUUUCGAUUUUUUUUCUCAUUUCCUGAAUUAAGUAUUGUUUAGACAUCUU